UAGCAACAUUAAUUGUCUGUGAUUAUCAUCUAUGUUUUCUAUAUUUCAUAUCAUUGUCUAUGUUCAACUUCCUCUUCCGUCUCUGCUCUUCACACGAAAAUACACGGAUCAAUCACAAUUCCCGUUUAUUAUUACUCCCACGAGCUUCAAGCACCCCCAGGGCCUACAAACCAACCACAUACAGUCCACUCCGCUCCAUGGUCCUUCUCGGAUCGAGGAGUAAGCUGGGAAGUACGACAAACGCAAAAUCCGUGCGAACUAUUUUCGAGCUUCGCGCCAUACAAGUUCAAAAAGGGCGCCAUCUUGCAGCUCCACGCAAAUUAUCCAUCGUGGUGUGCAACAAGAACGCAGCGGAAGGUGCAAUUUCGAUCGUCGAGGUUGGCAAGACUGCGCUGAGAUCAGCGCCACCAACAACCAAUCAGCGAGCGCGAAUCUGCGAGUCUGCGCUGAGAACAGUGCCAUCGACCAAUCGGCGCGCGCGAUUCUGCGGGCCGAGAGCAUCCGGCGCACGAAGAUACCGCCGACUGUCAGCCGAGCCGCCGCAGCCGUCAAAGUCGCAAACGCAAAAAGCAAAACAGAAAAAAAAUCAACUCACGCCGCCAUUUUUCGGUUGACAUCGAACAAUAUUUAAGUAUUAGUGACUAUAAGUGCUAAAAGUUAAGUGGUGCAAUUGUAUUUACAACCAAAAAUGGAUUUAAAAAAGCUUAAAUCCGCAAGGGGCUUCGUAAAAGAUGGUUAUACGUCUCGGGCAUAUCAACUCGAGCGGGACCUGGACGCCGAACCCAGCCUGGAGGAUUUACUCUGCUAUCUGGACAAAAGGGCUCUGGCGCUGGAGGGCACCGACCAGGGUCUUCACCAACAACAACCCCAAGCAAGAUACGGGAAGGUAGCAGCACACGCAGCCGCAGCUGACAAGCCGCCAACCUGCUUAAAUUGUAAGUCGACAAAUCAUAAGCUAUUUAAUUGCAAACAGUUUCAGUUGAUGGCGAGCAAGGAGAGGAUAGAUUUUGUUAAACAAAAUAAGCUGUGCAAUGUCUGUCUUGGUGCGCAUUUUUCAAAGUGUAGGUUUCACUUCAGAUGUGCUGAGUGCAAAGGACCCCACAACACUCUGGUGCAUUACAAUGAGCCUGCCCUCGCACCUCCUGUUACUUUAACAGGCAAUAAUAACAGUAAUGUACUUUUACCCACAGCUAGAGUGAAGGCUAUUGCAAAGGAUGGUACAGAGGUUCAUUUCAAAGCACUACUGGACAGUGGAUCUCAAGUUUCAAUAGUCACCUCAAAACUAGUCCAGCUCUUGGGUUUAACUCCCAAACAAAGUGCCACAAAUAUAAUAGGCAUAUCAAAUGCAAAGAACCAUUUGAAAUACUGCGUCCCGUUGGAGAUUCAUUCACUGAAAUCAGCCUUCAAGACCACAGUAACCUGUCACGUCACCGAUCAGAUUACCUCUCAACUGCCCCAAUCUAAAAUCAAUUUAGAUGAGUUACAGCUUCCAUCUAACAUUGAAUGGGCAGACGAGCAAUUCAAUGUGCCAAGUGACAUUCACAUGUUAAUGGGUGCCAACAUAAUGUUUCAGGUGCUAUUGCCGGAGAAGAGCAGUGUGACUCCUGCCAACAACAGCGGGAAGCAGUCGCCAGCUCAGAAUGAUCUGCACAUCUUUAACACACACUUCGGCCACAUCAUCGGAGGGAGUCUGCCCACAGGUAGUGCUAAAAUGUGA